AUGAAAUCUAGAAGAUGUACAAAAGGAACCGAACCCUUAUAGUUAUUACUCCAAUAGUGACACUCCCUUGAUUGUGCAAUUCACCAUGCCAACAUUUAAACAAUUAGGGCUUGCCCUUUUGGGUCCCAGCAUUGUCUCUGCUGGUCCCUUGAAUAGAAAUAUUGCUAAACGUGAUGGGUCUGAUUACAAGGACAAUGCCGUCUGCACAGCCGACCAACUCAUGCGGAACUACCAAGUACACGACACUGGGCUCUGGGGGAAAGACCUAUGGUGGCAGUCUGGAAAUUUCAUGUCCGCACUUGCAACAUUGACCUCUCUCAACUCGGACUACUUGUCUGAACAUGGCGAUGUCUUUGUCAACACCUACGACACCGCAACUGGAUACGGCAAUUACGUCAACUUCCUCGACGCUUUUUACGACGAUGAAGGAUGGUGGGGAAAUGCCUGGCUGGAUGUAUACGAUGUGACGCAGAACCAGACAUACUUGGAUGCCGCGAUCACGAUCUACAAUGAUAUCAUUGGAGGACUGGGGACACCGUGCGGAGGAAUUUGGUGGGACAAGAAUCAGUCCUAUGUGGCUGCGAUCUCUAAUGGGCUUUACAUUGAAUUAGCUGCUGGUAUUGCUGCUCGCGUGGGAUCUGACCAAGCUUCGGACUAUCUCAGUCACGCUGUUGACGGCUGGAAUUGGUUUUUCAGUGUUGGACUCGUGGGCAAUGACAGCAUGGUCAGUGAUGGAGUGGACAAAGGCAAUAACUGCGCACCUGUUGGCGCCAAGUUCACUUAUAACCAAGGAGUCAUUCUCGGCGCCGCCGCCGAAUUAUACAAAGCCACCAACAAUCAGACAUACCUAGAGCAAGCAGCUGCCUUAGCCAACGCCUCCAGCGCUGCUGGUUCAUCAGUGACCGACUCCAACGGAAUCCUGCAUGACGGAUGCGACGAAUCCGACAACUGUGACGAGACGGCUGAAAUGUUCAAGGGUCCGUACAUGCGCGGUCUGCGGAAAUUGCAGCUCGCGUAUCCGCACGAUAACUGGAAGAAUUUCAUCAUCACCAACGCCCAGAGCAUUUGGAACAACGAUUUAUAUUUUGAACAGACGGACAGCGGCUCGGUAUGCAAUGUUGGCGAGGAUUGGGCCGGCCCUUACAACUCAACCAACGAGGUCACGCAAGGUGCUGCAUUGGAUGCCCUGAAUGCUGCUCUUGCCGUGACUCAAUAGACUGGUCUCCAAGUCUCCAAGUCUUCAAAGUGGAGAUGUGUAUAAACCAGGAUGUAGCUUUGACUUGUAUACAAUUUAGACUACGAUGUACAUAAUAUAUAUAUCAUAUUACCAUCACUUGAUGAUUUCA